AUGAAGGCCAUUCUGCUCAGUUUUGUUGUACUGUUUUUAGUGGUUGAUCAGUUUGCUCCUUUAAUUACAGGUUAUAUAUUGUUUCUUAUAGACUCCUAUAAAAAAGACUCAUGUAAUAUGGAAUCCAACCACAAAAGUAUUUCAUUGAGUCAUUGUGUGGCAGCGCCAGACAAACUGCCAUGCCCUUUACCAUACAAUGUUUUUUUACAGGAACGUCUAAUUUUGGGCUGAAGCUGAACUCAUUUAUUCACUUCCCUUUUUUGUGAUUAUAACGCCCUGAUCAUGUUUUUAUUUCAUUUUGGAACGGCUCUUCUAUAAUUAAUAAGAACUGUUCAAAGAAUUGAACGGCUCAGUUUUCUUUCGUCAAGUUUUAUUUUUGAAGUUUUUGACGUUUAAGUACUGAUUAAGUUCGACUACAAACUAAGUUGUUCUCCAGUGUAUCACGCAGUAAUAAAAGAGUUUUAAAAAGAUGAGUAAAUUGUUCCGUCAGAAUACAGAUCAGUUUUACAUUUCUUUUACCGUUACUUAUGCUACUCGCAAAAAAAAAAAAAAGCAAAAUACAAGACGUUCAUAACUGAUUCUCUCUACCUGGGAAUAUUCUUAGUAUGUUCUUAAAAUUAUAUAAAUAUUUUUUAUUUACAUAUACAAAGGGGUCUUAUAUAUAAAAAAGAAUGCAUAUAACUGAGUUCGUUCUACUCGCGCGACUGACAUGACACUGAUUGAAAUUCACAAAAAAAGGCGACCGGACGUGUAAAUAAUACAUUAUGUUUCCAUUUUUCUUUGUAAAGGUUUUGACACAUCUUAAAUUUGCUUGUCUUAGCAUCUAUUUAUUUUUCAGGGACCUGUCCUCUGUACUCUCCACCAACAAAUGGCGCUUUGGUGUGCAACUACAUUGGAUCGUACCCGACUUGCCAAGUUCAAUGUAAACAAGGCUAUGACUUUGAGUUCACUCCUCUCUUUGCUUAUUACUGCUCUGGAGGAAAUUGGCACAUGUUCUCAAUUGGUCCUUAUGAUCCAAAGCUACCAUGGCCAAGCUCCAAAAGUAAGUGCGAUUAAUUUCUCGUUAAUAUCAUAGGUGACGAAUCACUCCUUAAUUUUGGCGCGAAAUUUCAGCGUUAAUUUGUAAUUUCACAUGUGAAAUUACAAAAUUGUCAUGGCAACCUUCCGUACGUCUCAGUGUCAAGAUGGCGACGAAGUUUUAGAGUGAAUGAAGAUGUCAGGGCAAAAAAAGACGCUUUAGAAAACCUGAACACACAAGAGAACCUCAAGAAGGAUUGCCGAAAUAGUCUGAAAAAUUCUGAGCUUUAUAAGCCAAAUUUAAGGUCUAAACAUUUGAGAGAGUGGACUUCUCGAUCGAUACGAUCCAGGAUAAACAUGUCAAAAAUCCAAGAUUGCUAAGGUAAUUCCUCACCCAUGAUAUUAAUAGGUAAUCAAAUGGUAUACUCGUGAAAUCAGGGAAUAAUUUCACUUGCGUUUUGUCCACAUCCUAAUAUUUUCCCUCGCCUUUCACUCGUCACCAUUUGAUUACACAUACUAACCGUAUCUGCUGAUUACGAGCCUUGGGCUCACACAUUUGCGUUACGGUUUUUAGGAGGGCUUAUAACGGAGGGGCUUAUAUUCCAUGGGGCUUUUAACCGGAACAAAAAAACAUGCUUCGAAACAAGCUACAAAAAUGCUGAUCAAAAUGCGUCCUUAAUUUUUACUGUUUUUUUGUUUCUGUUUUUCUUUUUUUUUUUUCAAUUUCAAAACUUCUUAAUAAAUCUAAUUCGUUUCCAUACAAGCUAUCCAGGGGGCUUAGAAUCGGAUGUAUUUUUUUGUUAUUGUUUACAUAAAGAUGGGCCAACUGGAAGAGGGGCUUAUAAAACAGCCGAAGUAUAAGCGUUUUUAAAGAUGUACUACCACAAGCAAAAUUUUGCCUUAUGAAUUUAUUCAUAGAUAGGUGUCCCCUGUGGGUCUUAAGGACAUUAAACCAUUGGAAAAGUACAAAGUGGAGCCUCACGGUUUGCCUUAAAAGCAAAAGCGUGGUAAUAUAUAAAGACUGCUGCCGCUUACUGAAUUGGCAAACUCUGGAGAAACGUAGGGAGUUCUUAUCUCUGGUUCAGUGCUACAAGAUAGUUUUUGGAGUAGAUAGCCUUUCUUUUUUUGGACUUUUUUGAGCCUACUAAGUGUAGCAAACAAGAGCCAAUCACGAUUGUAAACUGAAUGUGAAAAUUUUCACCCGAUAUUGCUACAAGUAUUGCGUAUGGAUUGUUAAUGUUUGGAAUAACCUGCCUAAAAAAGUCGUAUAUUUCGCAACACUGAGAUUGAGGAUUUUUAUGCUGUAAAUAUCAAUUACCAUGAUUGUAAGCAUGGAGUUACGACUAUGAUAUGUAAAGAACUUUUUUCAGUUUUCAGAUUCGGUCACUUACAUAGGGUUAACCUCAAGAGUCUCCCCUUUCGAGUGGACAACUGAUUGUACUCGAACACGUCAUCAUCCUUCAGGAGACAGUCCCAAGCAAGUUGUCUUAUCUCUUGAGUAAAGUGUACGGUAGUUAUUAUUUGUUAUUAAAAUAUUAGACCAAAAUAUAAAUUGUUCUCAACAGAGACGGUGAACCCGAGCAAUUUAUGGCUGAGAAAUUUUCCAUUUUUCUACUUUCCUGGAGACUGUAAAGAUACCAACAAAGCGGCAUCAGUAAAGGACAAUUUCCUGAAUCUCAUGAACAAUGGCCCAGUACUUCCUCUGUUUUGUAAAAGCAAUCCUCUUGAGUGCAACAAAAAUACAGUACAAGCCUAUUUUGGCGAUGUAACUGCUGAGAAAAGAAGACGCAAACGUAUUGCUGUCAAACUGGUAUGAAUAACUUUCCCAUGUUAGGCCCAUCUUAAAGUUGUCAGGCAAGGUUUGCUUGUCAAACAAGGCCCGUAACAAGUCUCCUUGUGCUCAAAUGCAUAACUGCAAAAAACAAAUUCCUGCCACUACAGGAGAAUAAAUAUAGUACAAAUGAUUAAUGCUAGCCCCUUUGCAGAUCUACCUCGGGCGUUUUUUUUUUCUUAAAACUUUGAUUGAGAAGUUAAAUUGCAAUUACCACUGCGACGAUCAUAUCCUCAUUCAAAACUUUGACCAUUUAAUAGGCCAUUUGCACGAUGGCGCCAUUUUACUAUUCCGACCAGAAUCCUUCAGGGUAUUGCUUUCUUGUGCAAAUUAAGGCUUUUGUUAUUUAAACCUCACUGGGACUACCAAAUUUAAAUAUGAAAGGUAAAACGAAAUGACUUCUGGUCUAAGUAGUAAAACGCGUCGUCUAGACCAAGUCAAAUGCAUUACUAAAAUUAUUACAGACCUUUAGGUUCUAAUUAGCCGACCAUUUGACUUUUGAGGGGUGUAUGGGUGAUUUGUUUGUGUAAGAAUUUUUUUCCCAAACCUAUGGUGAAAAAACAUUUCUCCUGACUUACAAAGGUGUUAAAUGUUUUUUCUGGAAUUAUACGCGAAAUCAGUCUUCCCGAUAUUUUUUCCACCCAAGUUUUUACUUUCCUGGAGACUGUAAAGAGGGGUGUAUGGGUGAUUUUGUUUGUGUAAGAAUUUUUUUCCCAAACCUAUGGUGAAAUAAUAUUUUUUCCUGACAUACAACGGCGUAAGAAUUUUUUUCCGUCAUUAUACGCCAAUUUUUUCAGUGUAGGAAUUUUUUUCGUCACGUAUUUCCUUGCAAGAAUUUUUCCCUCCAAAUCAGUUUUCACGAUAUUUUUUUCUGAAAUCACCCAUAUCCCCACAACCGCCCCCCGCCCCAAGUCAAAUGGUUGACUCAAGAAUGAUUACGAGGACCAGAUUUUCUCAAAAGCAAGUAGUGCGCGCGCGUGAACCAGUGUCAUUUUGGCGGGAAAACUCGACAACCAUCGUCUCUCGGUAAGAGUUAUUGUUCAGCGAGAUUAUCGUAGUGGCGGAAACAAGUGAUCAUUUUGUCGUCGGAAGAAGGCUUAAACUGCUUCAGAAAAAAAUGAACGGGCUAACUUUCCUGGUAAAAAAAGUAUUAUGAAGCUUUCGCGGUGUAUUUUGAGAAUACGCGAAAACAUUAAGUUAAAUCUUGUCUCGUAGUCGUCCUAAAGUGUAGGUCUCGAAUCUAAAAGUCGAUCUCUAGUACAGCAAAAUCAAUAACAACAACAACAAAGAAAAGUUAACCAAAAACAAAUCAUAAUUACGGGCUAGAGCAAGUCAACAAGAUUUAACUUAAAAUAAUAUAGAGCAUUUCUUUUACGUAUUGUUUAAAAUUAAGAGGAGAGUGAGUUUCUUUUUCGAUAAUUUGAAAACACGAUUUAAUAUACACGUGGUAUAAACCUUCCUCUAACGGAAUAUCUUUUAUUAUUUUAACUACUUCCACAGGAGUCUCAACAAGGAAAGAAAGUAAACAAAGUGACCAACGCUUAG